AUGACCUCGAUAGAAGAUGGAAAUAAAGAGGCAGAUGAACGCCCUUCAUCUUCAUUAGAUCCACCAACAACCUCUAUUCGAAAAGAAGAAGAAGAAAAGGAUGAAAAUGUGGUUGAAGAGAAAAAGGAGAACACCCAUAAAUUGGCUUUUCGAUUGCCAAGCGAUUCACCGGCAAAAGAUAUUCUCGGAGAUCUGGAAUUAGAUCGACAAACCGAUCAAAUGGAUGAGGUAUGUCUUGAAGGAAAUCAUUCGACAUCAUCACCGAAUAUGAAAGAGGAAAAUGAACACGAUGAUGAGGAGGAGGAGAAGGAAGAGGAAGAGAUAAUCGGCUCAACAGCAAGAUCCAUUUCUGAGCUUAAUUUACAGCAAAACAUAUCUCAAACACAGGAAACACCUCAAGAAAACGAAGAGGAGGUGACAAUCGAUAAAGAAGAGACAAAGGAAAGCGAGAGAGAAACAACAGUAACAACAACAGCAACAACACCAAUUGAAUCCCCCAAAAGUCCACAAAAUGAAAGCGCAGAACAAAAAGAGUCAAUUGAACUCACAGCAUCAGCAACAGCAAAUCCUAUUCCAACCAUCAACAAACCAAAAACCACAAUUCUGCACAAUUCCGAAGAAACAACAGAUGAGACGUUUAAUCGACUAUCAGAAGGGAUUCGAGAUGGAUCCAUCACUCACAAACAUAUCAUUGAUUCUGUUUUCAAUGUUCUUGUCGGUGGCCCAUUUGAUCUCGAGAAUCGUUUCAUCAUCGAGGAUUCAGCAAGUAUUUCAAGAAUGCUUUCCCUUCUUGAAUCUUGCAGCGAAGGAUUACAGGCUGAGAUGUGGUCAGUUUUUGUGGCAGUUGUGAGGAAAAGCAAUCGAAAUCUUGAAGCCUGUUCUCGGGUCGGAUUGAUAUCAAAGAUUUUAAAUAUCUUACCAACUUGUUCGGCAAUCCUCUCGGAUCUUCUCGUUCAACUACUCGGUGUUCUCACUUCCUAUUCGAUUACCGUAAAAGAAACAAAAUAUUUUCUCCGUUCACUUCAAGCGAUCAACAAUGCUUGGCCAAGAAACUCAUUGAAACUUUUGCAAGUGAUGAAAGAAAUGCCCCAACGUGACGGAGCCGAUGUUUUCUUUUCGUUUCCCGGGAAAGCAAAUGCGGGUAUUAUCGUGCCACCAUUGUCCAAAUUUCCCUAUCAAAAUGGGUACACUUUUUCGACAUGGUUUCGCAUGGAUCCGCUGAAUAGUGUCACUUUUGAGAAAGAGCAACCCAUACUUUAUUGCUUUCGAACAAAUAAAGGAGCUGGAUAUAGUGCUCAUUUCACUGGGAAUUGCUUGGUGAUCAACGCGGAAAAAGCGAAAGGAAAAGUGCAAAGCAAAUGCAUAAAGGCUGAGCUAACUCCACGAAAAUGGCAUCAUAUCGCCAUUGCUCAUAACUAUUCACGGUGGACAAAAGGGGAAAUUAAAUGUUAUGUCGAUGGACAACUUGUGGAAACGAUUGAUAUGAAUUGGGCUUGUACUGCUUCUGAACAUUUUGACCGCUGUUCCAUUGGAAUCUCUCCCGAGGGUGAUACUGAUUCCGCAUUUUGCGGUCAAAUGGGUGCAAUCUAUGUGUUCUCUGAGGCGCUCUCUCUACAACAAGUGAAUUCACUUUUCUGUUUGGGGCCAGCUUAUCAAUCAACUUUCAAACAUGAUGCCGAGAGUCAUCUCCCGGAUGGAUACAAAAAACAUCUCUUUGAUGGACGUCUUAAUGCUUCUCUUUUGAUGGCUUAUUGUCCGAAGAAUUGCCACGGUCAAUUGUGCCUCCAUUCUCCGUCGAAAACAACCGCCUCGAAUUUUGUGCAAAUUCCGCAUGCUGUGAUGAAGGGGGGUGUCGAAGUGAUCACAACUCAUUCGAUCGAUCAGUCCCUUCAAUCUGUUGGCGGCAUUCAAAUUCUCCUUCCACUUUUCAGUCAACUCGAUUUACCCUAUGAAGAUGGAUCAACUGUCGAUAUCGAUGUUUGUGGCACUCUCCUAUCGCUCAUUUCUUUGCUUCUUUCUUCAUCACAAACAAGUCAACAACAAUUGUUUCAUUCGAAAGGAUUCUUGAUUAUUGCUCACGCAUUGCAACGGGCUAAAAGCUCUCACUUAACAAUGUCCGUAGUUGAAAGAGUGAUCGGAAUGGCGAAAUUCUUAUUGAGAUGUCCAGCCGGUGUGCCACUUCUCAAGCAACUUUUUGAUCAUAUUCUUUUCAAUCCUCGUCUUUGGAGUACCUCGGAUUCAAAUGUUCAACUUCAUCUCUAUCAAUAUUUGGCUUCGGAUUUUCUCGCUAAUGCAAAUUUCCCUCAAAUUCUGAGAAGAGUGCCAACAGUUGUUGAAAUGUGUCAUGCACUUAAACAUUAUUAUUAUGUUGUUGAACCAAAAGCUCCCAGUCAAUAUAUGGUAGAAGCUCGGAAUUCUUCUUUUCCCAGUCAACACGUCGUUUCAAUUCGUUCAUCAAUUCUCGCGUUCAUCAACCGAAUGAUUAUUAUGAAUGCCGAGGAAAGUCCUGAUGGUCAAAGAGAUGAAGAAAUUCACACUCUUCUCAAUUUCGUGGCUACAGUCCAUGAGGAUGACAACCUUUAUGAUGUCCUUUCUUUAUUGACUCGACUUCUUGCUGACCAUCCGGCAAUUAUGAUUCCUGCUUUGGAUCGUAAUCGUGCGUUGGGAGUUCUCUUCAAAUUGCUCGCCAGUCCAAAUCAGCUCAUCCGAAUCCCAGCGCUAAAAAUGUUUGGUUAUUUCCUUCAAAGAUCAACAUUCAAGAGGAAACAAGACUCGGUGGCCGCGCUCAAUUUGUUCACGUUGAUCAGUGAACGCCUCUUGAUCCACGCAACUUAUCUCUCAGUCGCCACUUACAAUGUUUUGUAUGAGAUUCUCGUUGAGCAAAUGACUCCAUCUUAUUCUUAUGCUAUUCACAAUCCACCAAACCCUGAAACAAAGUUUGAGAAUCCACAAAUGCUCAAAGUGAUAGCGAAUUUGAUUCAACAAAGUGAGGAAAGUGAAGAGACAUUGGUUGUCAAGAAGGCUUUUCUUUUGGAUAUGAUCAAUAUGUGCAGGGAUAGUCGAGAGAAUAGAAGAACAAUUCUACAAAUGUCCGUAUGGCAAGAUUGGUUGAUUUCGCUCAGUUAUGUCUACCCAAAUCGGGACGCUGAAGUGGAAAUCUCUGAGCUGGUGUUUGAAAUGUUCUGCAUUCUUUUGAAUCACGCAAUUCGAUUUGAGUAUGGCGGAUGGAGAGUUUGGGUGGACACUCUAGCAAUUGCUCAUUCAAAGGUCUCAUGGGAGAAAUUUCGUCUUGAAUCGACAUCUCCGACUCCAUCAGACAACUCUCCACCCAACAAUGGAGGACCAAGCGAAUCAUCCCCAUCGGACCGCCCAUCACCUAUUUACCGUACACCCGAAUUCUCAUGGUCAAAGGUUCAUUUACGUUUACUAUCUGACUUGUUGACAUCAAUUGAAACAGUUGUGGAAGAUUGGAAACAACACACGACUCCAUUAGUUGAUUUGGUGAAUGCUUCCGAACAACAGGUGUUUGUGGCGAACACGGUGCAUGUUAUCUCUCAAUUGGCUGACAGUGUAAUCAUGGCCUGUGGAGGACUUCUACCACUUCUCGCCAGUGCAACUAGUCCAAAUUCGGAGUUGGAAAUAGCUGAUUCAACGGCUCAAGAAUUGCCUAUUGAAGCAGCCGCCGAUCUCCUUUCUCGUUUCGUCAAUUUGACCGAUGUUUUCGUUUUUGUCAGUGGUGUCAGCUUUGCUGAAUUGGAACAGGAGAAAAAUAUGCCAUCGGGAGGUGUGCUUAGACAGACAUUACGUCUAGUAGCAACAGCAUCUGUGCGUCAUCUCCUCGCUUGUCGAGUUGCAUCACCUGGUUCAAUGCCUUUUGAUCUCACCUCACCAAAGGGAUUACAAAUACGCAAAUUUGUUAGUGGAGCCCUUUCUGCGCAAGGAAAAGAAGGGAUUACUGACUUUGGACGGCUCUUACAAGAUGUUGAUCUGCAACGAAUCAAAGGAAUUGUUUAUCGAGAUAUGGUCGAAGAAAACCGUCAAGCUCAAUUCCUUGCUCUUGCCGUUAUUUAUUUGGUUUCAGUUCUCAUGGUGAGCAGAUACAGAGAUAUCCUUGAACCACCCACUUCACCCAGUCCGUUCUUUAACUCGACCACAACAGAAGACACAAAUCAGAAUGAAUCUUCAAAGACACCACUUUCCACGAAUGGUCAUUCAACGGGAGAAAAUCACGUAAACAACAAACAAGCCGAUUCUCCUGAUGGAUCGAAAAAUGACAGUGAAGAUACGGAAAACGAAAAGGAAGAGGUAGAUGAAGAGGAGAAACGAGAGGAAAAUGCUGGAAUCUCAUCGAUUCGGGUAACUCCAGGACAAAUCAAUACCGAGGGACCACAAUAUAAGGCUGAUGAAUUGAAUAAAUUGCAAUCGGGUGGAUCAUCUCAACGCACUCAAAUGGAACCAGGAGAACGUCGUGUCUACUUGACGAAUAAUCUUCAAACCGCUCUUGAGACAACGGCACCGCUACUCAGAGAAAUCAUGGCUGAUUUUAGAUCGUUUUUGCAAAAGACCUUACUUGGUACACAUGGCCAAGAGAUUAUGAACGAUAUCAAAGUGAUGGAAACAUUAAAGAAUAAGAGCGGAAGUGUGAUCGAAUUGGUGAUGUUAUUGUGCUCACAAGAGUGGCAAACAUCUUUGCAGAAACAUGCGGGACUUGCUUUCAUUGAGCUUGUCAAUGAGGGACGAUUGAUGGCCCAUGCGACUCGUGAUCACGUACUUCGUGUGUCAAAUGAAGCCGAUUUCAUUUUAAAUCGACUUCGAGCUGAAGAUGUGAACAAACACGCACAAUUUGAGAGUGAAACCGCGGAACAACUGCUUGAACGACGAGAACAAGAGGCUCGAUGUGAUCAUGUUAUUGCCAGCAGUCGUCGUCGUGAUUCGCUGAUCGCUUCAAAGCUAUUGGAUAAAAUGACCACUAUUCUGAGAAGUCCAAGUGGAGCAUGGUCAAGUGGAAAGGACAAUAAUGAGCUCUUUUGGAGAUUGGAUGUUUGGGAGGAUGAUUCGAGACGAAGAAAACGCUUCGUUCCAAAUGUGGCGGGAACGCGGCACGAAGAAGCGGCUGCUCAUGUUGAGAUUGAAGAAAAUGAAAAAGGAGAAAGUCCUUCAAAAGAUGAAGAAGCGAGAUUGAGGGAACUGUCGAAAUCGGUGGCUCCAUCAAGGCCACAACCACUUGAAUUGGUCGAUGAAAGCGAUAUCGAUAAAUGGGCUGCUGAAGUUGAUCCACCACCACCGAAUGAGAGCACCAGCUACAGUACUCCCGCGAAAUUGAUCGCGCCAGGUCUCUUGGUGCCAGGAACUCUUUCGAUCACCGCUAACGAUCUUUAUUUUGAUGCCGAUGAAGAGGAUCCUCUCUUUAAACAACAAGAUCUACGGCAAGUGUGGCCAAUGAAUUCUCUU